ACAAAACAAAACAAAGGAGCCGUCACGAGUCGCGGCCGGAUGUUUGUAGCUAUAAACUCCAUCCAUCUCCGCUUAUAGCAGCAGCUACCCAGUAACAAUCCACAUUAUCAUUAAUUAAUUAAUUAAUUAAUUAAUGAAUUGCUUAAUCCUCCCAAUUGAAUUAAUGGAGGAAGCUCACAUCCAAGAAACCGUCACCGUUCGCCCCUCAUCUCCGCCGAUUUUCGACCACCACGUCGUCUUCCCUCUUUCUCACCUCGACACCGAUCGGAAUCUCAACGUCGUCUUCCGCUACCUCCGGGUAUACGUUGCCCACCACACCUCAAAACCAGCAGCCGCCGCCGACCCGUUCGAGGUUGUCACUUCGUCCCUCUCAUCCGCGCUCGUCCGCUGGUUCCACUUCGCCGGGACACUGCGCCGCCGGGACGGCGAUAACCGUCUCGAGUUGCGUUGCCCGGUCGGCGGCGGCGUCAGGGUGCUGCGGGCUACAGCGGAUUGCACGCUCGGCUCCGUUAACUAUCUGGACGACCCGGAUGAGAAGUUCGUGGAGAGAUUGGUACCCGACCCGAGUGUAGAAGAGGCGAUGGCCUACCCGUUGACCCUGCAGGUUACCCGGUUCGGGUGCGGCGGGUGGGUGAUGGGGACGGCCGUGCACCACGCGAUGUGCGAUGGGAUGGGGGCCACGCUCUUCUUCAACGCGAUGGCGGAGGUGGCUCGCGGAGAGGCGGCAUUCUCGGUGGAGCCGGUUUGGGACAGGGCGGCUUUGCUCGGGCCAAGAGAGCCGCCCCGGGUUGAGUUUCCAGUGCACCAGUUCUUGAGCUUGGAUAGAGAUUCGGUGCCGUAUGCCCGCUCCGGCGGCGGCGUGGCUCGAGAGUUCUUUGAGAUGAAGGAGGAGUGGCUGGAGCGGCUCAAAGCCGCUUUGCUUCACACAUCACCCGCCGGCUCAACCUAUACCACGUUUGAAGCUUUAGGUGCUUUCAUAUGGCGAGCAAGCGUGAAGGCAUCAAAGAUAGGGGAAGAGGAGACGGUAAAAUUCGCUUACCAAAGCAACAUAAGGAGAAAGGUGAAGCCCCCGCUUCCGUUUGGUUAUUGGGGCAACGGGUGCGUCCCCAUGUACGUUCAGCUCAUGGCCGGUGAUCUCAUCCGACAGCCGCUGUGGAAGACGGCGGAGUUGAUCAACCGUAGCAAGUUCAACACUACCGACGACUAUGUCCGCUCCUUCAUCGACUUCCAGGAGCUUCAUUUCCAUGAAGGGAUCACUCCCGGGAACCGGGUGAGCGGCUUCACCGACUGGCGCCACAUCGGCCACGCCACUGUCGACUUUGGCUGGGGCGGCCCCGUCACCAUCUUCCCUCUCACUAGGCACUUGCUCGGUGGGGUGGCGCCUUGCUACUUCUUGCCCUACUCCGCCGCUGCCGGAGCUAAGCAGGAUGGGUUUAAGGUGUUGGUGUACGUGCAGGAAGAUGCCAUGCCUGCGUUCAAGGAAGACAUGGAGAAACUCAACGGCAGCGGCGAGCUUUUGCUUUAAUUUCUCGAAGUUCUGAUUUGUUUCCCCCCCUCCUAUUUCGGAGUUAUUAAUUUGCAUCACAUAUACCUGCCUGCCCUUUUGUAACGUUCCACGCACCAAUUGGCAAUUAUGGAUGGUUCCCCAAGCAAGACGAGCCAGAUAGAUACAUCACAAAACUCACAUUGGAUUGGAGGACCCAUCAAUCCCAAUUGUGAAACUCGAUUGACUUUGGUGUGUUUGGUCGAUUGUUGGCUCAUUGUGUUAGUUAAUUACUCCGUAGUUGAUAGAAUUAAUGGUUUGUAAAUAGAAACGAGUCAUAUAUCUGCUCAACAAGGAUCAAAUUAUUGACCGAAGAAUAAGAUCUAGCCGGCCCAAAGCGGCUGCCAUUGCUGAAAGCUAUGCAAAGACUUGUAUAUCGAAGAAGAAAUGGUUAUGCAAUAUCCACUAUUAGAUAUAGAAAGCUUGUCCAGGGUGAACACCUUCUCCAAAUACACGUAUUAUAAGUAUGAACCUUGGAGGAGAACAUUCACUCCGGGAGAAGGCCCUGAGUUGCUCCCAUGAGGGCUUUUUACUCCUCGACGGAAGAUGUUUCUCGUUGAGUGGGUAUGGAAUUAUGGAUUACAGAGAAGUAAAGCAGUCUAUCGAGGAGAAAGAGAUGUUUGGGUAGAGCAUGUUUAUGGGACUUAGUUUUGGCACCAAAAGCCAAAUGAAAAAGCUAAUUAGGCAAACAUUUCAAAAAGGUUAUCGGUGUAGUAGAAAAAACCAAAUAAUGGUCGAAGUCUUUGUACUGAGUCUAGGAUGGGCUCAAUUAAUAGUGCAGACCCAGUCACUGUCCCGAACCGGUCGAAACCGGGAUCAAGAUCGUAACUAGUGUUUCCGGUUCGGUCGAAGAGCAGGCGCUGGUCCCAAUUAGGGUAUUUGGAGACCAGAACAAUGGAACUAGCUGAUCCGACCCUUGUUUGCUCUUCUAUUUUUCAUUUCAAGACUUAAAAGCAUUUCAAUAGAGGUAUGAAUCCAUUUAAAAUCUAAAAAUGUUUGGAGUGGAGUCCGGAGUGUUUAAGAAAGUUGGACUUUGACAACUUUCUUUUUGGUUGUCUGAAAAUUUUGC